UUGGCAGCCAAACAGUUCAUGCCACGGUACGCGAAUCGAAGAGGCUAACGCAGCCCUUUCGCCUAAUCACCCAAAUUUCGAAUCCAGGUCGCCAAUAGUCAAUUCCAAAAAUGCGAAAUUCACGACGAAAUACUCAGGCUAAUUACGAAGUGGCUUUCGAGUCGCUUCCGCCUGCUCUUCGUCGAAAAUAUUUUAGCAGUUUAGAACGUCUCAGAUUGGCACAAGAUGGCACUGGCAGCCUCUCACCUCCUCCGUCUCGCCUGUCAUUCCUACCUCCGCGCAAUCCCUGGAUCACCACAACAUCUCUAAACUCGAUAACUCUCCUUAAGAACGGCGUGUUGCAGCCUGCCCUGCUGAGGAACGGGAAAAGACUUCGUAAGAGGAGGUUUUCUACACGAAGAAUUCACCUCGAUUCCUCGGCCGGUACCUGGUUCGCAACUCUGUCUCCUGCGGUCCAGAAGAAAUUGUUCUCCAGGGAAGAGUGUUCGUUUUACAACGGGGAUACAAACAUCGGCAUCCUAGACGCCGCAGACGAAACACUCCGCAGGCGCAGUUGCCAUACAAACCGCCUGCUUGUCUCCGAGCGUCGCAUAUCGGACGACGAGACUAUCGUCGACUGGGAAGACAUCAAAUGCGAAGAUAGACCUGAUCUUGACAUCGACAUGUGCGACUAUUCGACCCACGGAUUCAGGUGGCUUGACGACGAGCCAGAGCUCAACCUCAAGCUGGAUGACUACCACGAGGCUAUCGCAGAAACACAACGACGUACUUCCUUCAUGUCAGAGCCCACCAAACGCCCUUUCCGACAUAGGAACGCAUCGCUAUCGAGCAUGUCCCUCCGACGUGGUCGAAGCUCAACAUCGUCGUCUCGCCCUCCAAUAGAUGCACCGCCGACGCCAGCCUUGCCGUCAAAAGCUUCCUCAAAGCCUUCUUCUCUACGAACCCCCUCCUUCUCUCUCAAGCCUAUCCGCUCGAAAGCAUCACUAAAGUCUAUUGACCCCCAAGCGGCUCAUUAUCAAGAUCCAGCCGCCCGGAUGAAAUUGAGGGUAUACCUCGCUUCACCACAGAAGUUCGACGAGGCGAUAGAGUUUGGGUUUCCUCAAAUGGGUGACCGACAUCGAUUGGACCAUGCCAGACCAAUGACGAGUCCGGCACCCAGGCCAGAAACCAAUCGCACCUUCUUCCAUGACAAUACCCCCUCUUUGUCUGGUGACGACAGCGAGGAUGAAGACGAGCCCGACACUCUGUAUGAUCCCCGAACUCCAGAAGACGCCUUCUUCCAAAUGCAUCGGCCACCUCAGAAAAGCACGGUAGAUGCCAAUCCUGGAUGGAGACCAUCCUCGGCGCGAAGACAACCCGAGACAUACGCCCGCAGUUUUGCGACAGAUCGUGAGAUGACCUUGCACAUGACUUUGACGCGACCAGACCUACGGUCACCUGGGGAGGCCCUUCCGGAGCAGCGCAGCAAGGUCGACGAUGUCAAUGCUCUACCGUUGGAACGACCCCAGCUUGCCAACGAACCCAACCCGGUUUCCAUUUGGGACACGUUACCCCCGGCAGAAUCAAAGAUGAAGAGAUUCCUACGAAGAUUGAAACUCAGAUAAGACGGAAGACUUCUGCAUUGAUUUACUCUUCGAGUUGUAUUAAAAGCAAGCAUGCAAGCAAAGGACGGUAUCAUUCAGCGUGGAGUUCUGGUUGAAUACGAAGCCUACACCUUCAGGCUUCAAUGGUAUUGGGUGGCACGCAUUGAGCAUCGUGUCAUGAGAGACAUAGAUUAAGCGAUGAUGCGUGGCACAAGUGAUGCUAGGUUGUAAUAGUAUAAAUUGCUCGCAUCAUAGUCGGGAACCGCAGCAAUGAUGAACUUCCUUACCA